CACUUGGUAGGAAGAACCCGUGUUCGAUCCCUCGCAACAAUAAUUGGAAGGGGAUUGUAACCUAAACAGUAAACACCCACAACUGAUCCCCGAAUCCGGAUUAGCCCAAAGGGUGGACCAGGUGAAACACCAAAAAAGUAGUUAAGAUCAAAUAAUACGAGUAUAAUAAUUAGAACAAAAAAAUACAGUAAUUAGCACUAAUAAAAUAUAACACUCUAUGUGCACUAAAUGCAAACAAGAUUAUGUGCCAAGCUCUUCGCUUUUUAACUUCCUAUACAUAGCCGUUUUUAUUCAUCAAAGACUCUAGAGCUCAAAAAAUCCAAAUAAUUAGAUGUAAAUAAAGAUACAGAAAACAAUUUUGUUUUUAGCAUAAAUAGUCAAAAAUCAUACUAGGUAACAAAUUUGUUUGAGAGAGAUAGAGAGAAUCACGUUUAGCCAUUUAAAAAUAAAAAGCCCCACAAAUUUUUUUCACAAACAAACUCACCUUCAACCUCUUCUCUCUCUCCUCCAUCUUGAUUGUCCACCAUAGCCACCACUUUCACCACCACCACCAUUUCAUCUAUCAACCAAUUCUUCAAUUAUUGAGGUAAUUUUAAUUUAAUUAAAUUUUGUUUCUUUCAUUAAAAAAAAAUGAUGAACAAAUAAAAUGUUAGAAAGUGUAAUUAGAUUUUACCAUGACCCCACAAAAAUGCAUUGAAAUCAAAACAAACCAAGACAUUUUCCUCUCUUCCUUUUAACAAAUUAACAUCCAAAAGAAGGGUGUAGAAAAAUUAGCCCUUCCUAGCAUUUGAAGGAGGAGGGGCUUUAAUUUCAUUUAGUUCGUUAGUUUUGUGCGAUCCGGUUAAUAUUCAACGUAUAUUCUCUAUCACACGACACAAGAUCAAUUAGAACCAUAGUUGCAUUUGUUGUUAUUGUUAUCAUAUAUUAGAAAAUAAAAAAAUUGUUACGUUUGAUAUUUGUAUGGAAUAAUAAUGGGGGAGAUAGUGAAGCAAAUAUUAACAAGGCCGGUGCAAUUAGCAGACCAAAUAACAAAAGGAGCAGAUGAAGCCAUACAAUUCAGACCAGAAUGUCUUGAAUUACAAGGCAAGACAAAGAAGCUAGCGGACUUAAUCCGUCAAGCGGCGCGUGCUGCCAAUGAUCUCUAUGAAAGACCAACGCGCCGCAUCAUCGACGACACGGAGCAAGUGCUCGAGAAAGCACUUGCUCUCGUGGACAAAUGUCGAACACGGUCGCUUCUUAAGCGUGUGUUUACUAUCAUCCCUAAUGCAGCAUUUCGUAAGAUGAUAGCUCAACUUGACAAUUCUAUAGGUGAUGUUUCAUGGCUCCUACGUGUGUCCGCCCCUAAAAAUGAUGAUGAUGAUGAUAUUGGGUAUCUUGGGUUGCCACCCAUUGCGGCGAAUGAGCCAAUCCUUUGUUUGAUUUGGGAACAACUGGCUAAUCUUUCGACGGGGUCGUUGGAUGACCGGUCCGAUGCGGCUGCGUCGUUGGUGUCAUUGGCUAGGGAUAAUGAACGAUAUGGGAAGCUGAUUAUUGAGGAAGGAGGGGUUGGACCGCUUUUGAAGUUGGCUAAGGAGGGUAAACCGGAAGGUCAAGAGAACGCGGCUCGAUGUAUUGGACUCCUAGGGAGGGAUCAAGAAAGUGUGGAACAAAUUGUUAAUGCGGGUGUAUGUUCGGUUUUUGCUAAGAUGCUUAAGGAUGGACAGAUGAAGGUUCAAGCGUUGGUGGCGUGGGCGGUAUCGGAGUUGGCUGCUCAUUAUCCGAAAUGUCAGGAUCAUUUUGCUCAGAAUAAUGUGAUUAGGCUGCUUGUUAGUCAUUUGGCUUUUGAGACUAUUGAGGAGCAUAGCAAGUAUGCUAUUGCUAAGCGUAAGAAAAUGUCGAUUCAUUCUGUUGUUAUGGAUAGUAAAGAGGGGUCAGAAACUUCGCCGAGAAAUGGCAGUUGUGGUGGCCUGAAGACUGAUCAUGAGGAUGAGAAGCAGAUGACGAAUCAGAUGAAGCCGGUAGGGAAGAUGCAGGGGGAGACUCAGAUGGCGAAUGUGGUUAAUGAUACAAUGGUGAGGCGGACUUCUAAGGGGGAUGCAGGAAGUGGUAGUGGUUGUAAUAAGAAUGCUAAAAAUCAGAAUCAGAAUCAUGUGCAGCAUUUAUUGGCAGGGGGCAGUAUUAAGGGUAGAGAGUUUGAGGACCCUGAGAUUAAGGCCGAGAUGAAAGCUAUGGCAGCGCGAGCCCUUUGGCAUUUGGCCAAAGGGAACGUGUCUAUCUGCCGUAGCAUUACAGAGUCAAGGGCCUUGCUGUGUUUCGCGGUAUUGCUAGAGAAAGGCCAGGAAGAGGUUAAGUAUAAUUCAGCAAUGGCAUUGAUGGAAAUCACAAGUGUAGCAGAGGAAAAUACAGAUUUAAGGAGGACCGCCUUUAAGCCUACAUCCCCUGCAGCAAAAGCAGUAGUAGAUCAACUCCUUAAGGUUGUCACAGAAGCUAGCUCUGAACUCUUGGUUCCCUGCAUCAGGUCUAUAGGGAAUUUAGCAAGGACAUAUCGAGCCACGGAGACUAGGAUCAUUGAUCCCCUAGUCAAGCUCAUCGACGAAAGGGAGACAGAGAUAAUGCUAGAGGCGGUAAUAGCACUACUCAAAUUCGCUUGUUCAGAAAACUACCUCCGUGUUGUGCAUUGUAAGUCCAUCAUAGAAGGUAGUGGUGUUAAGCAUUUGAUACAGCUGGUGUAUUUUGGUGAACAAGUAGUUCAAAUACCGGCAUUGAUAUUGUUAUGUUACAUUGCUCUUCAUGUACCUGAUAGCGAGGUGCUAGCACAAGAGGAGGUGCUCAUAGUACUAGAAUGGGCAACCAAACAAGGCCAUAUUAUGCAAGAUCUUCAAGUUGAUGAUCUUCUACCAGAGGCUAAGAGUAGGCUUGAACUUUACCAAUCAAGAGGGUCUAGAUUCUAGAGGCUUAAUUUUACUCACUUUCGAAGAAACAUCUACCUUUUGUUGGUUACAUUGUGUGCAGUGAUUAGUUUACAAUUUUGAUAAACUUGUUGUUUCCUAACAAGGUUUUCAGAUUUCGUCUUUUUUUUUUUUUUUUUUUUUUUUUUUUUUUUUAACCUUCAUGGUGCAAGAGCAGGGGUGUGUAUACACAAAAGGUUGGCUAGCUUUAAAUUUUGGCUUUUGUAAUCAUUUUUGUAGUUGCAUUACUAAAUGAAUUAACCCCUUAAUUCAUCAUUCAAUGUUUUUCUUGUAUUCUUAACCUUAAACUAGAGUAAUCUCCUCUUGAAUUCUUAAGUGGCUUCUAGUAAAUAUAUAAGUUGAAAAAGUAAACAUUAGAAAAAAAAAAAAAAAAAAAAAAAAAUGGGAAUUUUGGGAUGUAUAGCACAGAGUAUAAUUGUCAUUUGAUUAAUAAAUUUAUCAUGUGUCAUUUUAUUUUAACUUUACCUUUUUGCUUUUUCUUUGAUUUUUAGGAAUAUAAACGUAAUGUUUUCUACGCACUAAUGCAAUCACGUAAACC